AUGGCUUUCCUUUUCAAGACCUUCGCCUGCCUGGCAAUGGUGUCCCUGGCGGUGUGCGAGUACGGUGGUGAGGACGAUCACCAUCACGGCGUCGGCUACUCGUACGCCAAGUUCAGCGGCCCGGUCAGCGGUCCGGCGCACGAGGUGCACGUCGAGGACAAGCACGGCCACGGGCACAAGAUCGACUACGUCGCGAAGCCCGACUACCUGUUCGAGUACGGCGUCGAGGACCCGAAGAGCAAGGUCUCGCAGAGCCGCAAGGAGCACCGGCACGAGGACGAACUGCACGGCGAGUACAGCCUGCACCAGCCCGACGGCAAGCUGCGCACGGUCAAGUACAGCUCGAGCAAGCACAGCGGCUUCCAGGCUGAAGUGUUGAUCGAUGGAAAACCACUGCACGAGGAGGAGCUGGCGAAACUGGCGCACGAGGCGGCCACCCAGAGCGCCCACGGUGCCCAGCAGCAGCACCAGCACCAGCAUCAGUUCCACCACCAUCACCCGCAGGACGAGCACAAGGCGUACGGUGGCGCCGAGCAGCAGACCUACGGCGGUGAAUCGUCCUACGGUGGCGGAGAGGGUGCCGAGGAAGGACAGGAAGAGUACUACCACUAG